AUGACCACCACCAUCUUCCAGGCUGCCAACGACGGCAACGUUGAGCUCGUCAGCUCUCUCCUCGACCAACCCUCGCUCGAAAUCGACGCACGCGACGAAGCCGGCUUGACCGCACUUCAAUACGCUGUUCGCGCCGGCCACAUUCAGGUCGUUUCGCAGCUGCUCGCUCAGGGCGCCAACGCCCUCGAGGUGGUCAACGACGACGCCCUCAAGCAAAACCCCGAGCUUGCUGCCGUUGUCAACAACGCUCUGCAGCACACGCAGUCCACUGCCUUCCAGACCGCUCCCGUCGUCGACUCUCACGGUGGCAAGCAGCUCCCCGAUGGAACCGUGAGCUACGUCCAGCCCCCGUCCUACCAGAACGAUGGCCAGCAGCAGCAGCAGCAGCAGCACUUCGUCCACCAGCAUCCCAUGUCGCAUCCAGCAUACCCAUUCCAGCCUCAGCACGCCUUUUUCGAUCCCUCGCACAACCCGGAGCACCGCGCCCACGCCACCAAGGACAGCUCUUCCGGAAGCCUCCCACCCCCCGAGGUCGCAAGGAUGAUCCCCUGCCGAUUCUUCCCCAACUGCCGAUACGGCGAAAACAACAACAGCAACAACACCAACAGCAACACCAACAGCUCUGCAAAGGAGUCGUCUUCAGCCGGUACUGCGGCCAACGGUGAGAACAGCAGCCUGCCUGCCACACCAAGGGACGUGAGCGUGUCCACCUCUCCCGCCUCUGCGCAGACCACCAUUGCCCCCUCGAACCAGAAGAACGACAUCGCGUCCAAGCCCUCGGCCGACCGCACCGCUUCGCGCGCCGAGACCGCCGACAAGUCAACGGCUGCGGCUGCAUCUGCUCCUGCCAAGAAGGAAGCCGCUGUCAAGUCGAAUGCGGCUACCGGCUCCUCGACCGCGACCAAGUCCAGCGGCUCCAAUGCUGCGUCUGCUGGCAAGUCUGAGGCUAAGGCCGAGAACACCAGCAACGGCAAGCGCGCCGCGGCGAGUGCCAAGGGCGACGAGGCCAAGCCUGCUGCUGCCGCACCCGCAGGUCAGGGCGACCGAAUCCCCGCUUCCAUCCCGUCCAAGCCCAUGGUCAACGGUAACGGCAGCAACGGUGCUGCCAACCGUCAGAACGGCGCCAAGCCCCAGGCGAAUGGCGUACAGGCUGGCAAGGGCAACCACAACCAGAACGGUGCGCGCUCGCGAGCCAAUCAGGGCUCGAACGGUCGCGCCAACGGCCAGGGCGCCCAGGGCAAUGCGGGUCAAAAGAAGCCCGCUCCCCAGCGCCUGCCGAACGCUGACGACUUCCCGGCCUUGAGCAACGGACAGGGUCAGGCUGCUGCGGCUCCUGCGCCCGUCGCGGCCGCCACCACCAACGGUGCCCCCAAGGCCAACUUCUCGGCCAUCCUUUCGGCCCCUGCUCCUGUCAAGAAGCAGCCUGAGCCUACCAAGGAGACCGAGGCCGCUGCUGGCGCUGACGACAAGCCCGCUGCUACUCCAGCGGCGAAUGGCGAGGCAAAGGAGGCUGGCGAGUCGGCCAACGACGCCGACGCCAAGACCAGCGCGCCCAAGCAGGCUUCCACCAACGGAAGCGGUGCGGCUGCACCCAUGAUGGACUUUGCGGCUGUCGUCCAGUCCAACCCUGUUGCUGUCUAA